CAACACACACACACACACACAGUCCCCCAAAAACACUCUAUAAAUAGGCAAGCAGCUCUUGAGCCCCAUGCCUUCUUAUAUACCUGAGCUACCUUCCACAACUCUCCAGCUCAUCUCACAAUUAAUAAACCUUCUCUAAAAUCUCUCCUUCCAUCACACAAAUCUCUCUCCCAUUCUCUCUUAUCCCACAUCCAAAAACAAAAACAAAAAAAUUAAAUUCAUUUCUUUUCUUUUUUAUAAAGAAAUCAUAAUUAAUUAUUAUGGUGGUUCUCUCAAAACCAUCUCCAAUGGAACAGUUCACCACCACCGCCACCACCACCACUAGCACGACAUUAUUCCCAUUGAUCGACCUCUCGGAACCACCCGAGUCGUCGAAGACGAAGCUAGUCGCCGCCUGCGAAGAAUUCGGAUUCUUUAAAGUAAUCAACCACGGCGUCCCGAUUGAACUAAUGGCGGAAUUGGAAUACGAAGCUCUUAAAUUCUUCUCUUUGCCCCUCUCGGCUAAGGCGAAAGCCGGCCCGCCCGACCCGUUUGGCUACGGCAACAACAAAAUCGGCCGCAAGGGUGAUGUCGGCUUGGUCGAGUAUUUGCUCUUGACCACCGAUACCCAAUCCGAUUACCAAAAGUUCGCCUCCAUUUUCGGGGAAGCCGCCGAGAAAUUCCGAUGCGUGGUGAAUGAAUACGUGGCGGCGGUGAAGAAAAUGGCGUGCGAGGUUCUAGAAAUGGUGGCCGACGGGCUGAAGAUUCAGGCGAGGGAUGUGUUGAGUAAGAUGCUGAUGGAUGAGGAGAGUGAUUCUGUUUUCCGGCUGAAUUACUACCCAUCGUGCUCGCCGGAGUUUCAAGAUUCCGGCGGCCGAAAUCUGAUCGGAUUCGGGGAGCACACAGACCCGCAGAUAAUUUCAGUGCUUAGAUCAAACGAUACUUCGGGGCUUGAAAUAUAUUUGAAAGAUGGGAAUUGGAUUUCGGUGCCGCCGGAUCAGUAUUCUUUCUUUGUUAAUGUUGGCGACUCGUUGCAGGUAAUGACUAAUGGGAGGUUCAAGAGUGUAAGGCAUAGAGUUGUGGCGAACAGCAGAAAAGCAAGAAUAUCAAUGAUUUAUUUUGGAGGACCACCUUUGUGUGAAAAGAUAGCUCCUUUGCCUUCUUUAUUAAUUCAAGGGGAUCAAGACAGCUUGUACAAUGAGUUUACUUGGUUUGACUACAAAACUUCUGUCUACACUUCUCGUCUUUCUGAUAAUAGGUUGGGCCUUUUUGAGAAAAUUGCUGCCUGAUCUUUCUUUCUUUUUUCUUAUUAAUUGUCGAAAAUUCUUAGAUUUUUUUUUUUUUUUUUUUUUUUUUGGGAUAGGUAUAGCUUUGAUUGAUUUUUUUUCACGAAAUCUCUACUCUUCGUAUUGGAUUUUCCCGAACCCCGAAACAAUAACUAGUUAGAAAUAAA